AUGACCACCGAGGUCAACAAUGAGAAGGGUCCCGCCUUCAAGAACUACAAAGGCUUUGUGGCUGGUGUUUUCUCAGGCGUUGCAAAGCUGACUGUCGGUCAUCCCUUUGACACUAUCAAAGUCCGGCUUCAAACGACAGACGCCAGCCGCUUCGCGGGGCCUCUUCAAUGCGUCGCUCAGACCAUUCGAAAUGAAGGAGUCCUCGCCCUCUACAAGGGCGCCUCGCCGCCGCUUGUCGGCUGGAUGUUCAUGGAUUCGGUCAUGCUGGGUUCCCUGACCGUCUACCGGCGCCUGCUUUCUGAGAAUGUCUUCCACGUCUCCGAUUUCCAUCCAGGCGCGCCACUCAACUCUGGCAAGAGCACGCUGCCUUGGUACGGUCACGGGAUGGCCGGGAUUAUGGCCGGUGCGACUGUCAGCUUCAUCGCUGCGCCUGUGGAGCACGUCAAGGCGCGCCUGCAGAUUCAGUACGCCGCCGACAAAGCUGGCCGGUUGUACAGUGGACCUAUUGACUGCAUUCGGAAAAUUUGGAACAUUCACGGCAUCAAGGGCAUCUAUCACGGUCUUGGAUCAACACUGCUAUUCCGCGGCUUCUUCUUCUGCUGGUGGGGCAGCUACGAUGUUUUCUCGAGACUUCUGCGGGAGAAAACAUCGUUGAGUGCGCCAGCGGUCAACUUCUGGGCGGGUGGGCUGAGCGCGCAAGUAUUCUGGCUGACGAGCUAUCCGUCGGACGUCGUGAAGCAGAGGAUCAUGACAGACCCGCUAGGAGGAGGACUGGGUGACGGCGUGAGGCGAUUUCCGCGCUGGCGAGAUGCUGCAGCCGCAGUGUGGAAGGAAUCCGGGUGGCGAGGGUUUUGGCGCGGCUUCUUGCCCUGUUUCUUGAGAGCCUUCCCGGCGAAUGCGGUGGCGCUCGUCGCAUUCGAGGGCGUUAUGCGAUCGUUGCCAUGA